AUGUCUGCCCUUUUGAAGCAAAGAGUCAGAUACGCGCCAUACUUGGCCAAGUUGAGAUCCGCCGAAGAGUGUGUUGAGCUCUUCAAGCACGGCCAGUACUUGGGAUGGUCUGGUUUCACCGGUGUCGGUGCGCCCAAGGUUGUUCCACAGGCAUUGGCCGACCACGUCGAGAAGAACAACUUGCAAGGAAAGCUCGCGUUCAACUUGUUCGUGGGUGCUUCUGCGGGACCCGAGGAGUCCAGAUGGGCCGACCUCGACAUGCUUUUGCGUAGAUCUCCGCAUCAGGUCGGCAAGCCAAUCGCCAAGGCCAUCAACGACGGAAGAACCAUGUUCUUCGACAAGCAUUUGUCCAUGUUCCCCCAGGAUCUUACCUACGGCUACUACACCAAGAACAAGGAGAACGACCUUCUCGACUACACGAUCAUCGAGGCCACGGCCAUCACCGAGGACGGCUCCAUUGUGCCUGGUCCUGCCGUCGGUGGCUCGCCCGAGAUGAUCUCUGUCUCUGACAAGAUCAUCAUUGAGGUCAACACCAAGACGCCUUCUUUCGAGGGUAUCCACGAUAUCGACAUGCCCGUCAACCCUCCACACAGAUUGCCUUACCCUCACACCACCACCGACUACCGUGUGGGCCGCACCUCCAUUCCUGUGGACCCAUCCAAGGUCGUGGCCAUUGUGGAGUCGACCCAGCGUGACAAGGUGCCUGCCAACACUCCUUCUGACGCCAUGUCGCAGCAGAUCGGUACCCACUUGAUCGAGUUCUUCGAGCACGAGGUCAAGAUGGGCAGAUUGCCCGCAAACUUGUUGCCUUUGCAAUCCGGUAUUGGUAACAUUGCCAACGCCGUCGUGGAGGGCUUGGCCGAGUCCAACUUCAAGAACUUGACUGUGUGGACCGAGGUCUUGCAAGACUCCUUCCUUGACUUCUUCGACUCGGGCUCCUUGGACUUCGCCACUGCCACCUCCAUCAGAUUGACCGAGGCUGGUUUCGACAGAUUCGACAAGAGUUGGGACGAGUUCUCCAAGAAGUUGUGUCUCAGAUCGCAGGUUGUGUCCAACUCUCCUGAGAUCAUCAGAAGAUUGGGUGUCAUCGCCAUGAACACCCCUGUCGAGGUUGACAUGUACGCCCACGCCAACUCCACCAACGUCAUGGGCUCCCGUAUGUUGAACGGUCUUGGUGGAUCUGCCGACUUCUUGAGAAACGCCAAGUUGUCCAUCAUGCACACUCCUUCUGCCAGACCUUCCAAGAUCGACCCUACCGGUGUGUCUUGUAUUGUGCCAUUCGCACCACACGUUGACCAGACCGAGCACGACUUGGAUGUCAUUGUCACCGAGCAAGGUUUGGCCGACCUCAGAGGAAUGAGUCCUAGAGAGAGAGCUGUCGAGAUCAUCGACAAGUGUGCUCACCCAGACUACAAGGACCAAUUGAGAGAGUACUUUGACAGAGCCGUCUUCCACGCCCAAAAGGCCAAGUGCAUGCACGAGCCUCACAUCUUGAAGGAUGCCCUCAAGAUGCACUUGAACUUCCAAGAGAACGGAACCAUGAAGUUGGACUCUUGGGACCAGAAAUUCUAA